CAUUGUCGUGUUCCCAAUUAAAUCUCAAUUUUUUUUGUUUCAUUUUCUGUCCUUUUAGAAAAGCAAGAGAUGAUAGUACUAAACAAGAUAGGAGCUUAAAUACCCACCGUCUUAGUAGCUAUAGCAAGCAUUUUAAGUGUGCAUUUACGACUCUAGUUGAUCCUUAUAUAAUUCUGUUGGAUCCAACUACGUUUGUUUUCUAAAAGAUAUUGUUGAUUAUGCAAAGUAAACUUUUAAAAAAUAUAUUAGUCGGAACCUUGACUCUGGAUGCUAGGAAAUCAAAAGAAAAAGGACCUUUUACAUGGUGUAAUUGAAAUGGGAACCUCUUUUUAUAUUUCUUCCAAUUAAUUGGUUGAUCACUAGGUUUUUCUUCAUCGAAUUGAUAUAUCUUGCAUUGUAUCUUGCAUGAAUUAUUGCACAUAUAUUGAUAUAUAUAUCAUCGUCGGCAUGGGUUAGUAGGCCACGAGCUAAAUCAGAAUCCAUCUUUUAUGCGGCAAUCUAAUUUUUGCUAUGAUCGUCGCAUGAAAUUAUUGGAUUUUGGCUUUUAAUUACUUUUUCUAGUAAAACCCCAUGUACAUAUUGUGUUUCUAUUCAUUGAAAGCGAAAUCUUAACAAUAAUUUUCCCCAUAUUCAACUGUUGUGUCGGUGUUAUUAUUAUUAUUGUUUUUUUCUAUUGGGUACUAUAUAAUUUAGUAUAGUAUUUCUGCAUGACGGCAUGUAGAGCUUGGUGAAUCUUUAUUUACAAAACGCCGUAAAACUAGUGUAUGAUAUUAGAAGAGUUUAUAAUGAUCCUUUUUUUGCUAAGUUAAUUAUCCAGAGGUAUCAGGGUAAUAUACUGAUAUGAUGGUACGAUACAAAAGAAAAACAAUAAUUUCCAUAUCUAUUAUUUAAAAUCUCAAAUAACAUUUUUCCUCAAAAAAUUAUUUAAAUGUGACCAAACAAUAAAUAAAAAUAUUAGAUUCUUUGUUUUUCCUAACAAAUAUCUUUUUUUUUCAUUGAUCAUAAAAUAAACUUAUUCUUCGUUAAAUUUAGAAUAAAAAUCAUUCCUUCUAAUUUUUAUUUUUAUUUUAUUCAUUUUUUUUCUAUUAGUUUCAUGUGUUUACGAGAUAGUUGCCGGUUGAACCAUAUACAACAUUGGAUGCACACCUCUCUUCACGUUGUUUCAGCUAGUGAUAUCUUUCUUUUUUUAACACUGACUGUAUUUCUUAAUCUGAAGGUUAAAAACACACACAUAUUUCCCUAACAUCACACACAACUCUUAAAAAAUAAUUGGAAGGAAAAAAAUACCGAAAAAAAAAUACAAGAGAAAGAAUAUCAGCAGGUGCCAAAAACAGAGCAUGAAUAAGAAAACAUGCUAAAGACUCGACAACCAACAGGUUAGUUGCGUCAUGUCAGGACAUAGAUACUCCAUUGGCAGUGGAUUUCAACCAGCGAGGACCCCCAUUCGCCAAAUAAGAUUGGUAGCGAUGGUCUAUUGUAACACUGAUAACAAUGCUUAUAGCGACACUAUUCUCGUCGAGAGAAACAAGUUCUAAACUACAAUUCUCAAAAGAAUUUAGCUUAUAGCUAUCUUAAUAUCAUUUUCCCUCUUUUAUGUACAUUAUAUUUUGGUUUGGACAGCAAGCCUUAAUAGUAACACUAUUACCAUUUAUUAAAGUUAUGGCCUGGUAAGGUGGUGUUUAAGCCGCCGAAACCAAAUCCUUCACCUAAUUUGUAGAAAUUAGAAACUAUAUCGAAGAAGUAACAAUAAGAUGAGCUUGCUAAGACGCGAAUAUGGGCUAAGCUUACAGUUUUAAAAAGGCAGCUGCGUCAAGGGCCCGAUAUUUAGAUUUCUAUUUGAUUAAAUUGUAAAAGAAUCAUAAGCAAAUAUGGGCCGUGCUUAUAGUCUUUGACUUCUUACGUGAGCUUCUUUGUAACUAUUUUAUCUGAUGCUUUAUUAAACGGGUCUUCAGAUUUUACUUUCUUUGAUUGCUUUCCGUUUACUUUCGUUUCUUCUUAUUUGCAAAUUCGAAAAGAGAGCUGACCAAUGAAAAAUUAUGGGAAAUUAAUCAAUUCAGAUAAUAUCUGCCAAAAGUUAGCCCUAAGGCGUACGUACGUUGAACCAUUUAUUGGAGCCACUCGAAUGAUAAAUGAAAAACGCCCAGCAAAGAUUCAAGUUCCUACGGCAUUCACCUAACACAAAAUUUUAGAAAAUUUUGAACUAACCUGUUUUUCAUUUAUGAUUAUGAUAGUAUAAAUAUACUGUAAUGAAUAAAGAGAAGCCCUAGCUGAUAAUGUUUGUGCUGUGUUUUUUACUUUUUACUGUUUUGAUUUCACAUACCGACAAAUUUGGUAAAACUAAUAAAAAAUAGUUAUGCCCACUAAUAAAGGUGCAUCUUCAUAGACUUUAUUAUAUGUAGAACAAUAGUAACAUUAUGUGUAAAUAAGUUUGUUAACUGUGUACAACAAAACUAAUUGUUAUGUCAAAUAAUACAAACACCAAACAUGUAUUAUUUGAAGGGAGGUAAUUUUAGUCACACACCUUCUCGUAGCACGAAUUUAUGAUAUGCUCUAUGAAUUUAUAGUAUUAAUCAGUGGUAAUAAUUGUUCGUGGUCGGGUGGUCGAAGCGUUUCGUUGAUCGAUAAGGAAUCCGAGUUCGAAUCCGCAUCACACAGAAGUGACUACCGGGGCUUUUUACAUAUUCUCCGGGGAAUCGUUUACAUUUUCUUUAAUCAGUGGUAAUCACGAAUAAAAUAAACAAUACUAGACAUUUUUGGUCAAAUACACUGUUUAGUUUUCAACGCUAGCUUAUUUUCCUUCAACCAGAGGAUAUAUAGGAAACCAAUAUUUUGUCUAAUUUGUUAAUUUCAGCAGACUGACCAAAAUACUAUGCACUUGACAAAAUGGCACAUACUUUCUUUUUUUUGUUCGUUUGUUAACUAUAUAAAUCUGUAUAAAAUAUUAAUAAAUAAGCAUCCGUUGACCCAACAACAUUCAUCACUAAUAGAAUAACUUGAUAAAGAAGGCAAUAUAAACAAUAAAUAUGGAGCUUUGUUUGUGGGAAAACCUGAUUUUGUCCGCCACACAACUGACCAAAAUUAAUUAAAUAACAUUAGUUGGUACUCUUGGUUAAUUACAUUGUAGGAAUCAAUGGGGGCAUGAAAGGACAUUGCGAAUAAAAAAAGAGCGUUGCAUAUAAAACAACGAGUUCUAAAAUGCAACUCAUCUCAUGCACCAUGACGCUUUAGUGAUGGCAUUUUUAGGGUUUAGUGCCUCAUCGACAAAUUUUGUAUUUUGAAUGCUUUUUUUUUUAAGUUUUCAAUUACUAAAGGAAGCAUUGGACCCUAUAUAUACACUAAAGGAAAUAUGUUUUUCCCUUUUCAUUAUUAUCUUCUUAGAUGACCAUAUAUCUGUGAUAUAAUGAUCAUUGACUCGUGAGAUGAGAAUAUCUAUGGAAAAUUAUUUCGAUUAACUUGGUAUCAUGUGUAUGCAAAAAAGUCCCAAAAGAGUGACUCGCAAUGUUAGUAAGUAGAGCCACGAACCUAGAUUGAGCUAACUGCAUCUUUGUCUGUGCCGGAUUGAUUAGUCAAGGUUUAAUUUUAAAGUUUCUUAUUUAGUGUGGUAUUGGGACGUGGGUCGUAUCUUUUGCUAUCAUUUGCGAACAGCAAACUAAAUAUCUGUUUUUAUAAUUAAAAAAUUGAGUUGAGUAGUUACUCUGUUUACAGAUUUGGCUGUAAAUUUCUCAUUUAUAUUUUGGUGAAAACAAGUUAACUAGUAACAACGCUGCUGAGUUGACAUUUCAUAUGAACAUAUUUUAACCUAGAAAAUCACGAUAAAUAGAAUGAUGUAUGAGAUAACCUAUAAUGAUUAAAAGAAGUGAUUAUUCUUAAGACUAGAGACACAUAACAGAUGUGACAAACAAAUGUGGCAAACAUAUGGACCCACAUUUGGACCCAAAUUGCAGUUUUAUUUUAUAAGGAAUCUCUUAGUAGUUGUCAUGGGGCUUUGUACUAUAUAAUUUAAAACCGGACACUUUCCAUUUUCCCAAUUGGGUAUAUGGACUAGGAAUAUACCAUCUUCUCAAAACAAAUAUAAAGCAGAAUUAUAUAGCUAGCGAUCAAAAGAAAAUAUAUAUCUCCAGAGAGCGUUUAAGAGAGAGAAACCAGAUCUGUGUGAAACCCUAAGCCGGCGGCCGCCGCAUCUCGCGGUCGCCGGAGUUAGUAUUAAAAUCGUUUGUUUUUUCAUGUUUGCUCACGGAUCCUUUCUUCUCCUCCCUUUAAAGUUGUUUGCUUUGUCCAUUUUCGCUUCAGAUCAGUUUGAUGAGCUUUUGGUUUUCAGAUCUGUUGAAACUUUGGUAGAUCUAUGGGCGUGGAGCGGUUAUUUCGGUGGUGUACAAGGGUUCACCUGUGUCCGGUCUCCGUCUGCGUCUCUGAUCAAAGUAAGGUUUCAAGCUUUGUGGUUCUCCUGUGAUGUGGUGGCUGUUCCUCAGCCUGUUUGGAGUGGUUCUGCGACAGUUUAAGAGGGUUGAACCCGGUGAAUCUCUCUUGGAUUUUGGAGACGGUCUUAACUAAUCUUUGAUUUAGCAACGGUAUAGCAGUGUCGUGAUUGUGUGUGGUGAGCAAGAGAAGGUCACGGUCCUUGAGAUGAAGAUGGUUUCAGGUUACCUCUUUAUCUCCUGGUUACGAAUGUCCCUCCUUCGCACCUUGAAUAUAUGUUCUUCCUGGAUGUUUUUAGUCUCUGUUUUCCUCUAUGGCUUCGUAUGGUGAAGCAACAUAACGAGGUUGAGGCGUAGAGAUAUCCAGAUGAAGGUGCGGUCGAGGUGGAGCUUAUCUUGGGUUGUGUCGCUUCUCGGGUUGUGCCUUGGUGUAGGCGUUGUGUUUCGGUAGUUGUCAUCGUGAACAAGUGGUUCAGAUGAGGUUUUGUUGGUUCUGGUGUUGUCAUUGUGAACUUGGGGUUCAAAUGAAGUAUCUGCUCUGUUGAGUUGCGUGCUAUCUCGCCUAGUUCAUGGCAAGAAAUCCGGCUAUUCAUAGAUUAUUAAGUUGUUACCUUUUCUAUCUAAUAUUGAUUUGUGUGUGGGUUUGUUGAAGGAGUUUAGGAUUUUGUGUAUGUCUCAGCUGUUCAUGUGUCACCCAUGUGUUUGGGUUUUAGAUCCUUGUCUUUUGGGUUUAGCUUCCGGGGAGGUCUAUGUGUUCCGCCGGCUUCAGUGUAUCCUUCUUAUGUUAUCUAUGAAAUUUCAGAUGGGGAAAAAAAAAAAAAAGAAAAUAUAUAUCUCCUUUUUUCCUUCUUCUAUUUGAUGACAAACAAUUAAUCGGAUAUGCUGAACAAUCAUGAUAAUUACAUACAAAUAACACCUUUUAUCAUUAUAUGUCAUGAGAACAAGUGUAAAUUUAAGAUUAAGUUAGUGUACUAUUUUUGAAAAAAAAUGUUUGAUCAAUCAAAAAUAUUUACCAAAUUCAAUAAAACAUGCAUGCUAGAGAUUUAUUAUUUUUGUAAAAGUCAUGUGGCAUAAUGUAGAUAUAGAAGAAAUAGUUUAUCUAUAAUUUUUCUAUUAACAAGAAAAUAUAUGAUGGUGAUGACACUAACUCGAAUUAUUCUGAUACAUGUCAAUUUAGAAACUUAAUUACACUAUCACAAACAAUUUUGAUACAUACCACCAAACUUAUUAACUUAAAUGAUAUACUAAAUGAUCAUGACAUAUAUAACAACCUACUGAUUUGCUAAUGGAUAUGGGUUCUUUUUGCAUAAUAUUGAUAACAACAAUAAAAAUCAAAUAUAUGAAUGAAUGACAUAUUCAUGGUGUAAUGUUAUUUUUUCUUUGCUAAACAUGGUGUAAUAUAGUUCUUUACUUAGCCGACUGAUUAUUUUUAUGUGUCAAUUUCAAAAAUUAAUUAUAUUCCUACAAAUUUUUCAAAACGUUUGAAUAAACCCACUUUGCAUGGCCCAUAUACACAGUAUAAGCGUACGAUAUAACAUUAACACAUCAUAACACUAGUUGAUUUACCCUAAAAUCACAUUCAAGCAUCUGAUGGAAAGAAUAUAUAUACGCUGAUAAAAAAAGAAAUUCACAUUUAUACCUUUAUUUAGUUUUAUUAGUGCCAAAGUAUUUUCAUUCAUACUUGAAAUAUUUUCAACGUUAGUGUUAAUUUACUUAUGUAAUUCAAAUCAUCUAAAAAUAUAUUUAACAUCAAAUUCUUCUAAAGAUUUAUUUUGAAUACACCUUUACUCAAUGUUUCUGCCACCAAUAACUGCAAACUUACAAAACAAUUGAGAGAAUUACUAUCUACAAAAAUAUAUCUACAUACACAUCAAAACUUAUGUUAAUUAAACUGAUUUACACAAGUUACCCUCAGCCAUAAUUAUCCUCUCAGCUUUUGGGCUCAUGGUUACUGUUUGCCUAUUUUAAGUAUGGGUGUCUUUACAGAGUAGUGUGAUUUUUAAGCUAUGGCAGAAACGCUAACUGCGAGAGCAACAAUUGGGCACCGUACGAGUGUUCUAGGCUUCAAGAAGAUCUCCCUCAAGCAUGUUCUUUAUGUGUUUAAAACUAUCACUUUAGAUGCAAGCUUUCCUGAAUUUUUUGGCUUUAAAAAAGAAUAUAUAUUCUUUUUUAAAACAAUUUUUUGUUCAUGUUUAUUCAAUAUAUUUCUUAUGGCGGACAAUUUAAUUAAGAAAGCCUUGUAUGUGUGUUCGGUUUCAGAUUUCCACUCGAUCGAGGGUUGAUAUAAUUCAGUGUUUAACCAAAUAAAAAUCCCUCCUUUCCCAUGUCUACGCCUAUUCAUAAAAAUUAAUAAUUAAAUCAACCUGAAUAGAAUAAACAUGCAUUAUUUAUAAUAAGUUCCCUUAAGCGAGGCCCUAUAAAUACCUCAUAUGUGUUUCACCAAACAUUCACUUAUAACCCUCCAUUUCCUUUCUUGAAUUUGUCCUGUGCCCUCUUUUCAAUACAUUGAAAUCCACUAAAACUCUUUAUUUAUAUAUAAAACCAUUCUUCCAGGAUGGCUUCGUUGAUCACAGCCAAAGCAAUUAUGAUGAGUCAUCAUCAUGUUUUGUCCUCAACUAGAAUCACUACACUUUGUUCCGACAAAGCCAACGACAACCAACAAAGAAAAACAAAACUCCAUAUCUCUCACCGAUUUUUCUCCCGCCGAACAAUAUCUGCAGCUGUAAUCAACUCAGCGUCGCCUGUGCCGAAGAAAGAGACGGUGGAAGAUGAGAGACGGUGUCAUGUUGCGUGGACAAGUGUACAACAAGAGAAGUGGGAGGGUGAGCUUACUGUCCAAGGAAAGAUCCCCACUUGGCUGAAUGGUACGUAUCUAAGAAACGGACCGGGCCUAUGGAACAUUGGAGAUCACGACUUCCGACAUCUCUUCGACGGCUACUCCACACUAGUCAAGCUGGAAUUCGAUGACGGUCGUAUCUUCUCCGGCCACCGUCUCCUCGAAUCCGACGCCUACCAAGCCGCCAAGAAACACAAGAAGCUCUGUUACCGCGAAUUCUCCGAGACACCAAAACCGUCGAGAAGCAACUUCAAGAACCCUUUCUCCGGGGUUGGAGAGAUCGUCAAACUAUUCUCCGGCGAGUCUUUGACGGACAACGCCAACACCGGAGUGAUCCGUCUCGGUGACGGACGUGUCAUGUGUCUCACGGAGACUCAAAAAGGAUCGAUUCUUGUCGACCAUGAUACGUUAGAGACUAUAGGGAAGUUCAAAUACGACGACGGGUUGUGCGAUCACAUGAUCCACUCGGCGCAUCCCAUCGUGACGGAGACGGAGAUGUGGACGUUGAUACCUGAUCUUGUUAAGCCUGGUUACCGGGUCGUGAGGAUGGAGGCAGGGUCGAAUAAAAGGGAGGUUGUGGGCCGGGUUAAGUGUCGGUCCGGGUCGUGGGGACCCGGGUGGGUUCACUCGUUUGCGGUAACGGAGAAUUAUGUUUUGAUACCGGAAAUGCCCCUGAGGUAUUCGGUGAGGAAUUUGCUUAGAGCUGAGCCGACGGCGCUUUACAAGUUUGAGUGGUGUCCUAACGACGGAGCUUUUGUUCAUGUCAUGUCCAAACUCACUGGAGAAAUCGUGGCAAGCGUGGAGGUACCUGCAUACGUAACGUUUCACUUCAUAAACGCAUAUGAAGAAGAUGAAACUGGAGAUGGGAAAGCGACGGUCAUCAUUGCAGAUUGUUGCGAACACAACGCAGAUACGCGGAUACUCGAUAUGCUCCGCCUCCACACAUUACGUUCCUCAUAUGGUGACGACGUCUUACCCGACGCUAGGAUUGGGAGAUUCAGGAUACCGUUGGAUGGAAGCAAGUACGGGAAACUGGAGACGGCAGUGGAGGCGGAGAAGCAUGGGAGGGCGAUGGAUAUGUGCAGCAUCAACCCUUUGUAUUUGGGUCUAAAGUAUCGUUACGUUUAUGCGUGUGGUGCUAAAAGACCUUGUAACUUCCCCAAUGCUCUCACCAAGGUUGAUAUUGUGGAGAAGAAAGUGAAGAUCUGGCACGAACAUGGCAUUAUACCAUCCGAGCCAUUCUUUGUGCCUCGUCCAGGCGCAACCCAUGAAGAUGAUGGAGUGGUGAUAUCGAUAGUAAGUGAAGAAAAUGGAGGCAGCUAUGCGAUAUUGCUUGAUGGAAGCUCCUUUGAAGAAAUAGCAAGAGCCAAGUUUCCUUAUGGUCUUCCUUAUGGCUUACAUGGUUGCUGGAUCCCCAAGCACUGAAUUGAACACUACAAACUCAACAAAGAUACCUUCAUUAUACAAAACACAGAGAUGCGUAAUAUUUAUUUGUAGAAAUUUGUAUAAUUACUAUAUUAUACAUGUGCAGGUUUUUAAAAUUGUUGUUGUACCUUGUGUUAUAUUGUUCUUACAUCCCAUAUAUGUAAUAUUUAUUUAUACAAAUUUGUAUAAUUACUACA